AUGGCGGUCACAGUCGCUCUUCUUCUGUUCCUGUGUGGGCUCCCCCAGGCUGCUGCAGACAGCAUCCAGAGCACCUAUGUGGUCUCAGGGGAGUCAGUGGAGCUGCCGUGUCCCUCGCCACCCCCCCUGCACGGGGGCCAGCUCCUCACCUGGUUCCGAAGCCCAGCAGCAGGCGACUCCACCAUCUUGGUGGCCCAGGUCCAAGUGGACAGGCCGCCCUCAGAUCUUGGGAGACCUGAAGAUGAGUCCAGGUUCAGACUCCUUGGGAACUACUCCUUAUUGCUGGAGAGGCCCAGGGAUGGCGAGGCCGGGCGGUACUGGUGCACUGUGAUGGGUCAGAACCACAAGUACCAGAACUGGAGGGUGUAUGACGUCUCUGUGCUCAAAGGAUCCCAGUUCUCUGUGAAGUCUCCAGACGGCCCCUCUUGCUCUGCCCUUUUGUGCUCUGUGGUCCCCGCCAAGCGUCUGGACUCUUCCGUGACCUGGCUAGAGGGGAGGAAUACAGUGAGAGGACAUGUUCAGUACUUCUGGGGGGAUGGGGCUGCCCUGCUCUUGGUGUGUCCUACAGAGGGCGUUCCCGAAACCAGGGCCCAUAGGCCGAGGAACAUCCGUUGUCUUAUGCCUCAGAACAAAAGAUUCAGCUUUAGCCUGGCAGCUUCCACAGAACCUUCUCCCACCGUCUGUGCCUCUCCUCCGAGCUGGGAUGUGCCCUGGAUACUGGUGCUGCUGUUCACAGUAGGCCAAGGCGUCAUCAUCACAGCUCUCAGCAUUGUGCUCUGGAGGCGGAGGGCCCAGGGGUCUCAGGACAGAGAACCCUCAAUUCCUCGCUUCAAACCUGAAGUCCAGGUUUAUGAGAACAUCCACUUGGCCCGCCUCGGCCCGCCCACCCACAAGACCAGGUGACCUUGGAGCAUCUGCCUCGGACAGCCUGACCUACUGUCCUGUGUCUCCAGCAUCUGGCAGGAU